UAACAAUUAAAUUGGUGCAAUAGGUGCAUCAGAAUUAGGUUCUACUUUAGCAAAUUACACUAAUCUCUCAGAUUUGACGCUUUAUCUUGGUGGAAAUUAAAUUGGUGAAAUCGGUGCAUAAGGAUUAGGUUCUGCUUUAGCAAAUUGCAAUAAUCUCUCAAAUUUGACGCUUUAUCUUGGUAACAAUAAAAUUGGAGAUUAAGGUAUAUCAGGCUUAGGUUCUGCGUUAGUAAAUUUCACUAAUCUCUCAAAUUUGACACUUUAUCUUGGUUGCAAUAAAAUUGGUGUAAUUGGUUUAUCGGGCUUAGGUUCUGGUUUAAAAAAUUGCACUAAUCUCUCAAAUUUGACACUUUAUCUUGGUGAAAAUUAAAUUGAUUAUUUGGGGGCAUCAGGUUUAGGUACUGCUUUAGCAAAUUGCACUAAUCUCUCAAAUUUGAAACUUGAUCUUCAUAACAAUUAAAUUGGUGAUGUUGGAGCAUCAGGCCUAGGUUCUGGUUUAGUAAAUUGCACUAAUCUCUCAAAUUUGACACUUGCCCUUCGUUAUAAUUAAAUUGGUGCUAUGGGUGCAUCAGGCUUAGUUUCUGCUUUAGCAAACUGCACUAAUAUCUCAAAUUUGGCACUUAUUCUUGGUUAUAAUAAAAUUGGUGAUUAAGAUUUUUCAGUCUUUAGUUUUGCUUUAGCAAAUUGCACUGAUAUCUCAAAUUUGACACUUGAUCUUGCUGGAAAUUAAAUUGAUGCAACUGGCGCAUUAGGCUUAGGUUCUGCUUUAGUAAAUUGUACUAAUCUCUUAAAUUUGACACUUUCUCUUGGAUUCAAUGAAAUUGGUGAUUAAGGUGCAUCAGACAUUGUUUCAGCUUUAGCAAAUUCAACUAAUCUCUAAAAUUUGACACUUGAUCUUGCCUAAAAUAAAAUUGGAGAUUAAGGUGCAUCAGGCUUAAGUUCUGGUUUAGCAAAUUUCACUAAUCUCACAAAUUUGUCUCUUAAGAUUUGUUACAAUUAAAUUGGUGCAAUCGGUGCAUCAAACUUAGGUUCUGCUUUAUCAAAGUGUAUUACUCUCUCAAACUUUUUUACCCAAAAUAAUAAUAAAAGAAACUAAUAAGCAAGUGUCUUAAAUUAAAAAGAUUAGUUGUAUUUGAAAUAAAUUGGUUAUGGUGAUAGGCAUGCAAUAAGUGAAAAAGGAUGA